AAGCAACAGCAACCCGAAAACAGAGUGAGUGAGCAUGAGUGGGAGAGAGAAGUUAUUGGAACGUGAAGCUCUCACAAUUAAUUUUGUCACCAGCAAGCUCUGACAAGCGAAGAGAGGGAGUGUGUUACACGAGGGAGCUGAAGGAGUGUCUGAACGACUUUUUUACUGAAGCCAAAAACAAAUUAAAGAGGACAAACAGAAGAGAAGAAGCAUUUGCACUACAUCUACUGCUGUUACUGCUGCGGUUCACGUGCUUUUACUGCCUGGGCACUCACGGACGGUUCAUUCGUUUCACUCUUUUUGUUUACUCCAUCUGUCACUCGAAGCUUGUGGGUUGGACGUGGUUAGUUUGAUUUUCCUGACAUCACCAGGGCCCAAACGUCAGGGUAUUUUCCAAGAGGAUCUGUUUUCCUUUCAUUUCCUCUCAGUGAAACGAGAUGUGUAUGAGAGCAGUGUAAAUGAAUCUUUCCACUUGCCUUUGUAGUGGGAAAGUCUUGUUUGGAGAGAAAACGUGGUUGUAGUCUUUAAAGAGCCAUGUUAAACAUCUAAAAAACACUGUUACUUGUUUUUACUGAUGGAUUGUGAGCAUAAAGUUAUGACACUUGCUUAAACUUCUUUGCUAUGUUUUGUUUUGAAUGGUUUACAGCAUUGCCAGAGCUUCUUUUCCUAACAUGAUGUCUGCAUGUUAAAUUAAGUAUUUCUGUUUUCUGAUUAUCUGGAUGCUUCUGGAAACUUAAUCUAAGAUUUCUUAAGUGGACACAGCCAUUUGUCUUGUUACGAAUGCAGGAUGCAACAAGAUGAGGUUGUCUGGUUUAGUGAAAUAGUUAAGCAAGACUUAUUUAGAGGUUUUUGUGUGAGAUGACAAAACAUCAAGUAGGCUAAAGCAUCAAGACCAGAGAAGCUUGGAGGGGUAAAGAGGAAAGUUAGUGAGAAAACAAGGUUACAGACGAGCCAUUAUAUCCGGACCUCUACAUGUUUUCACAGUGAGAAACUAGAGGAGAGAAAAAUAGUCAGUCCAGACACAUGGAUUUGAACAAGCAUUUCUGUGUUGACUUACUGCUAGCAGUGAGUCUGUGAUAAAGUUGUGCUGAAAGGAACAACAUUUCUGUUUAUGUGUGUAUAUGUUUUUGUUUUGUUUUUACAGAUUUAUGCUUGCAUAUAUUCAUCGUGUAGCCUACUAAUUGCAUGGUCUUUGUGUGUCUCUGAGUUUGUUUAUGUGGGAGAGUGGUUGCUCCGGUUAACUAAACUGCUCAGUGCUGUCUGGAUGGAGCUCUGAAACAGCCAGGAAUUUCCCAUAUUAGACAGACAUCAGCUGUUCUGUUGGCUAUUAUUCAAGGUGCUUUCCAGAAUCAUCUUCCUCAGGUAGCAUCACCUUGAUAACCUGCUACACUACUGUGUCUAUUUGAUCCAAAGGCUUAAAUACAGCCUCUCUCCUUACUUAAAACAGUUCCAAUAGACAGUGUGGGCACAGAUUUGGCACCAUGAGAUUCGUUUGCUUGGUACUGACGGCCUUGUGCAUGGUGGCUGGAACGGGCAGUAUGUCCACCUGCAAGACUCUGGACCUGGAGGUGGUGAAGAAAAAACGCAUUGAGGCUAUCCGUGGUCAGAUCCUCAGCAAACUGCGCAUGGCCAAAGAGCCAGAAUCUGAGAUAGACGACGAUGGACAGAAGAUCCCAGAUUCCUUGCUUUCUUUGUACAACAGCACUGUUGAACUGAGUGAAGAAAUGAAGCUGAACACUGUCCCUCUGCAGGCUGAAGAUGAGGACUACUUUGGCAAAGAGGUGCACAAAUUCGUCAUCAGGCAAGCUCAGAAUGGCACAAAGCAUCAGAUGUUUUUUAACAUAUCAGAGAUGAGACAGAGUAUUCCAGACUUCCGGCUGCUGUCUCAAGCGGAGUUACGGCUUCGGAUUAAGAAUCCCACCAUGGACCAAGAGCAGAGGCUGGAACUGUAUCAUAGAGUAGGUGAUCAGGCUCGAUAUCUGGGCACACGCUUUGUCUCCAAGGAUUUGUCCAAUCGCUGGCUCUCGUUUGACGUGAAACAGACGAUGACAGAAUGGCUGCAGAGUUCAGAAGAUGAAGAAAGUUUAGAAGUGAGGUUAUACUGUGGCUGUAAGACAGACCUGCAGAGUACAGAUAAAUUCCUCUUCACUAUAUCAGGACUAGACAAACAGAGAGGUGACACUGCCAGUCUGGCAGAGAUGAUGGUGAAGCCUUACAUUUUGGCUUUAUCCUUGCCGUCUAAUGGCAACUCCCUUGCAUCCGCUCGCAGGAAACGAGAUGUUGGCACUGAUGUAACUUGUGAUGAAAAAACAGAGACCUGCUGCAUGCGUAAGCUUUACAUUGACUUUCGGCAAGAUCUGGGCUGGAAGUGGAUCCACAAGCCUAAAGGAUACUAUGCUAACUACUGCAUGGGCUCCUGCACCUACAUCUGGAAUGCUGAGAACAAAUACUCUCAGAUUUUAGCCUUGUACAAACACCACAACCCUGGUGCAUCUGCUCAGCCAUGCUGCGUACCUGCAGUCUUCGACCCUCUACCAAUUCUUUACUAUGUGGGAAGACAGCACAAGGUGGAGCAGUUGUCCAACAUGGUGGUGAGGAGCUGCAAGUGCAGUUAAAAUAGGACUUUAUAACAUUAUUUUUAUCUUCAAAAAGUGCUCCAUGGCACUAUCUCUCUCUGGAUCAUAAGCAAACACAAAGAUACAGUAGAUGGACAGAUAAAGUCUCACUGGGAAGGAAAAUCAGGAGCUGAGACAACUCACAAGGCUGGGAAAAGGAGAUAUGAGAGUGGCAAAAAAAUGGAGGGAAAAUGAAAGAAUAUCUUUGAAAAUGAGACUCUCAGCUAUGCCCCUCUACAAUGUCACAAGAGCACACAAAGACAUUCCGUUAAAGCAUUUCACAAAACAAGCUCAAUAUUAAACCAAAUAUAUGCUUUUUCAUUUUUUCAAUGUUUAUUUACAUUACUCAUACCCAUUAAUUUAUUGUGCUUGUUAAGUUCAUAAUUUGAUUGUACCAUGAGGGCAGCCGUGUAGCAUUGCAUGCCAAAUGUUCAAUGAGAAUUUCUAAUGGUGCUGUACUGAUAAAGGUAAUGUUGUCAAAGGAACAUCUAAUGUGUCAAUUAAUGCACAUUAAAGAGAAGUGUUUGCACUAAACAACGGAGG